CCGGGCCGAGGCGAGCCGAGGCGAGCCGAGCCGUGCUGAGCCGUGCUGGGGAGGUUUGGGGCUGAGGGAGUGUUGUAGCGAGCGGGCGCCGUCAUGGCCGGCGGGAUCGUUAGGUCGCCGGCCGCCUGGCGCGGUGGCGCCGCUCUCUUGGGAAAAGUCGCCCGCCAGGAGUUCUCCGCCAACGUUAUCCGCGAGGAGGAGCCGUUGUGGACGAGGAGGUCGGUGGUAUUCACGUGUCGAAGGCGAUAACCUUUGCCUCGAUGUGGAAGUGUCUGACGUAGCGCCAGCCUCACCGUGCUAAUCCAAAGCGUUCUUUCACCGGAGUCCGCGGUGUUCUUGAGGAUGGAGAGUUAACACGGCCUCCGUCGGGAUAACCCCAGGUUCUUUGAAAAUGCCUUGGUCAAAAGUAGGAUAGGAAGGCGAUAUUUGGCCAUAACUGAAGGAUGGUGAGCCACCGUUUGCCGCUUGAGUGGUUAAGCAGGGUCUUAAUAUGAGAGUGAAAUAAGCGCAAAUGGAGGUGCUUUUGUUUGGGUUUAAAAUCGCUCUGUGCUCGUAGCAGCAGGAGCCUGUGAAAACAUGUCUUGUGCAUAGAAGGGAGAGGGCUUUGCCAAUUCAAAGAUCCCUUAGGAAGAAUCGCUGUUUUGUCUUGCGUUUGGGGUACGCGUUCAGUGGGGCGUAGCGAUCUGCUUCAGCUAUUGCCUUUCUCCGAAGCCAAUCCCGUUUUAAGCGUGUCCUCUUCCUCCAGUGCCUUGCGUUCCAUGAUAUUUCACCGCAAGCUCCUACGCUUUUUCCUAGCCGCUCCCCAGAAGGCCGUUGUCGGGUUAUCCGGAGCAGAAGAUUGUGGCGCACCUGUAAGUACCGUGGAAGCUUUCUGUACACGAAACGGUGCCAGUAAGUGGUAUGUAAUUUAGUAGGCUCUGUCCCGUCGCCUCGUUUCCUCUCGAUGUUGCAAAGAGGCACAGUAGGCUAUUUGGGCUUUCCCGACGCCAUAAUCUUUUGCCUCUAGCUUGUAACGGAGCUGAGCGUUUUGACUAAGGGUAGUGAGAGAGAGCGAUGCUCAUUUCUGGGUACGU